AUGCAUGCUGCAGCUUCCAAGAUUCAAUCCAAGUGGCGGCAAGUCUUCUCAUGUCAGUGCUUUCAACGAGAAAGCGCCGAGCAAGACCGAAGGACCAAACGUGAAAGGCUCGUGAGUGCAAUAUCUUCCCUUCAACAGCUCUGGCGCUUGCGUCAGAAGCGACGAGAGCGUCGAUGGCAGCGAGACCAUGACAGGGUAGUCGAGACCACACCCUAUGAUGCGGUCUUGGCGUUCGAUUCUCUUGCAGAGUUUCUGUCGAGUGGCGAGAUCGAGUUCUUGCAGAAAGCCGAGUCGCAGCUUGAAGUUGCCAAGGAAUGCAGGCAUCGCAUCGUUGCCGUGGUUGGGCUGUUCGACAAGGGCAAGACUUGGCUGACCAACAAGUUGUUCGGGGUGAAUCUGCCUUCAGGAAAGCUUUGCACCACCAAAGGUUUAAGUUUUCUUUGGAUCAAAGAGAGACGCAUGCUGGUGGUGGAUUCUGCUGGAGUUCAGUCCACAGUAUCCUACCGAGCGCAAGCCGUGGAUGCAAUUCACGAUGCCCAGACAUCGGAAUCCCUGAUGUUUGAAAUGAUCUCCCGUGUUGCCCAUCAUAUGGUGUUUGUUGUGAAUGAUCUCACCUGGUUUGAGCAGAAGUACGUGGCCAUGCUUCACCAAAAGUACAUUCAAUGCAAGCAGCACAAGGAGCUGAUUGUGGUGCACAACUUGCGGAACACCACAAAUGUGCAGGAAGCCAAGCAGCUCUUCCGAAGGCAGGUGACGCAGUGCUACGACGGAGAACCGUCGCAUUUGGGGCAGCUGAUCUUUACAGCCGAUUCUGGAGAAGGAGCUCCUCCAGUGCAUCAUGUGGGGGUUUGUUAUGAAUUCUCUGCAGCGGGCGAUGAGUUCAAUGCCAGGAAUCGGGACUACCUGCUUCAGAGUUUGGAACACGGCAACAAGCUUGGCUCCAACAUCGUUCUUGCUGACUUGCUUUGUGCUGAGCUAUCACGGCUUUUGCCCAAGUUUGUCAACGUUGAAACAACUGAGCCGGAAACGUCGGUCAGCCCUGGGCCCAUGCCGCUUGUGAACUUUGUACCUGAAACUUCUGAUGCCGAUGCACGGGGCGAUGCCUAUGCUUCUUGCGGCAAGAUCUGCAUACACCUUCCACAGAAAAAUGCACGCCUUUCCACCAAGACGCGUGGUGUCAUCUCGCCGUUGGGAGAGAUCAUUGCCCAUGAUGUGAGCUUUGAUCCCAUUGUGAAUGUCUUUGACAGAGCCAUCAACACGGGUGUCAAGCGCUUCAUCCGCGUUGAAUGUCCUGGUGUUGUGGAGGAUGACGUUGAGUGGGAAGAGCUGCCAAAUGGAGUGAAGAUCAGCAUUAACAAAAAGCCACCCAUUGAAGAGCACUCUGUUCAGCCAGUUCAGCCUAUCAGGCAACAUCAUGGAGUAUGGGAGCGGGAGUUCCUCUUCGAUCAUGCUGACGGUCGCUUUGAGCUGUGCGAGGAAGAGGCGGAUCUUGAAAACGGCGUCCUCACCGUUGUGCUCAAGAAAUCUUUCCAGCCUCGCAAGGGUCGGCUUCAAGGGAAAGCACGGUCGCGAGCAUUGCGUAUCACAGAAGGUCAGCCCACGCCUGCCCCGCCGUCCGACUGCGCCUCCUUUGACGUGGUGCUGGAGACAGCUGCUGUGAAGAUGUCAGACCUUGGUUGA